AGUGAAAUUAUUAGUUAGGAAACAUUUAAAGGAACGUUUUACUGGACAUUGCAGCCAUGACUGACUCGGACGACACCGCCUGGAUACAUUGGUUUUGCAAGCAGCGUGGCAACGAGUUCUUCUGCGAAGUUGAAGAGGACUAUAUUCACGACAAAUUCAAUCUAAAUUUUCUCGAUUCAAACGUGACCAACUAUCGCUGUGCUUUGGAAGUGAUCCUAGAUCUUAACUCCGGCUCGGCUUCAGAUCAGCCACCGGAACCGGAACUGGAGGCCAGCGCCGAAAAACUCUACGGUUUGAUUCACGCCCGUUUCAUCCUCACCAAUCGGGGCAUUGAGUUGAUGCUGGAAAAGUACUAUAAAGAGGCAUUUGGAACGUGUCCUCGGCUGUUCUGCCAGCGACAGCCGGUGCUGCCAAUCGGCCUAAGCGACAAUCCUGGCGAGGAGAUGGUCCGCCUAUACUGCCCCAAGUGCAACGAUGUGUACUUGCCCAAGGCGGCGCGCCACUCAAAUCUAGACGGGGCAUACUUUGGCACUGGCUUUCCGCAUAUGCUCUUUAUGGUUAAUCCGGAGGCACGACCCAAACGGGGCAAGCAGAAAUUUGUGCCGAGGCUAUAUGGCUUUAAGAUCCACCAAAUGGCCUAUCGAUCUCAGCAGGACUCUUUCUCGGAACCGACACAGAACCGCGAUGGGGAAACCCCAAUUCUAUGACCGAAAUAUCCCAUGGCUGAUUCCAUGAUUGAAAAUUUCCCAUGUGAACCGUUGUGCAUAUCCGUACUCUUGUUAAGCUACUGUUUGGCUGGUUUAGCUCAUUAAACUCUCAUAAUCAUA